ACUCAUUGAUUUGUGAUUUUGGUGACGCUGUUGGGAAUUUUCAAGACCCAGUUUCGAAGAUCGUGUUUCACGCGCACAACUGACGGACAGGAAGACCCUACUUUAACUUUUCACCGUAAUUGUUGUGACCGACUUUUCAUGUGAGGGAUUUUUUUGUUUAUUUUGUUUUGUUUUUCCAUGUGUUUGUGGAUAUCCACGUAUGAGGGGGGUGCGUGCGUUUUCUGAAGCUUCCUUCGAAUCCCUUCCCUUUGUUUUGUUUUGUGGGUGUUGCGGCUCCGCCGAAUAGACAGCUCUUGCUCUCCGAGUGCCUGGCCGGUGGUGAUCGUUUCUGGUUCUCCAAGAAUUCCCUGCUGUGAAAAAAGUUUGUUUAAGUUUAAACGGUACUAUGUGCUACGAUCUUUGCGAUCUCAGGGAGCAAGGGAGCAUCCAAGGAAUUACGACAGGCCGAGAGCUUGAAAUUAGUCGUUGUGAAGGCACGAUUUUGGCUUCUGAAUUUGCUGAGUCUUCUUCUUCAAAAGGAAAUGGUGUGUGGUCCUACAUGUUAUCUUUAAACUUAAGCAUCCUGACCGGCAUUAGUUGUGGGCAGUGCUGAUCGAUGACAAAAGUGUUUUACUAUGUAUGGAGGAUUGAUACAAUAAUUGGGCUAAACGUGGCCUCAGUUAGAACAGAAGGCUCAUCAACGAGUAUAUAGUAUGCUUGAUUGGUCUUGGCUGAUAAAGCUUUCACUCCUCUGCGUGCGCUGUAUGUAUGGGUGUGGAAAUUGCUUUGGACGAUUUACUAAGUCUCAGAAACUAGACUUAGGGUCAACCAAGGAUUCUUUGGGGGCAGACAAAGGUGAAACAGUGCCUCUUAAUAAUUCAUUUGAAACCUCGAGUUCCAAUGAGAUGGAAAACAACGGCAUCAGUGCUCACCACUUGAGACCUUCUAGUUCAAUUUCUGCCAACCACCAUAUUUCAGAGACACGAGCAUCUGCUGAAAAUGACGCGAAUAGUCCUUUCGUAAAUCAUGCGUUGAAAAUGUGGACAGAAAGAAGACGGGAGUGGUUGAGAAAUCGAGAGAGACCUCGACCUGCCCAACACAGAGAACCAGUAAUAAGCUGGAGUACCACAUACGAGGACUUGCUUGGCACAAGUAGACCAUUUUCACAACCAAUUCCUCUACCUGUGAGUGUCAAGAUGAAGAGUCUCAUAUUUGUGAAGUCAGGGCAUCCGAUCUUGAAUCUUGUGUCCGUCAUGUGAACUGCGAAACCUUGUUUUCUUGACGCAGGCCUUGUUGCGAGAAUAGUAUGGUGAUGCUAAUCUGCUGCAAUGUUGAUGGAUUUAUUUAUUUUUGUAUGAUUCAUCAACUCCAGUACUGGACUAAAUUUGUAGGAGAUGGUGGAUUUUCUUGUCGAUGUAUGGGAGCAAGAAGGCCUCUACGAGUAGACUACAGAUGCUGGUGAUGAAGAUUUCUUAUACGGUUUCAGUACUAUUGCAACCAUCACUUUAUCUUCCCUUGUCAAUUAUCUGCAGCGAUGGUUAUACAUGUUAUGUAGCUGAACAUUCAUUUUUGGUUGAUACUGUUCUUUUCAAUUUUAAAUUCAUGCCACUUUCGGGAACUAUCGGGCACUCUUAUUUGGUAUUGUCA